AUGUCCCUCGUCCGACAAGUGUCUGUUCUCGUUUUUCUUCGUGCGUCGCUGGUCGUACACACGACGAACAGUCCAAAUGGCUACAGGUCUCGAUCAAGUCCUGUGAACCAUGUCACUUAUGCGAGAGACCACUCGAGUGACGUCGCGUUCGUCCUGGCCAAUCAAGUCGCACUCAAGUCCUCAGUGCGCUCCUCAAGUCCAUCCUCGGAGCUCCUUCUCAUUCGUGAUGGCCCGGAAGAGCAUCAGCACUCGACCCUGUCGCACCAUAAGUGUGUUAGUGCGAGCCAAAAAUGUGGCAGAGGAAGAGAUCCUCGGGACGCCAGUGCUCGGCUCCAUUGCGGUCUCUGGUCGUGGCUACACUAG